AUGUGGAUCUUCAAGACAGCCUACACUGUACGGCGAGCGCGAGGCGGUGGAAAGUAUGCACUGAUGCUCAUUGACUUUGCCGAGGCGUCACAGCCUCAACUUAAUGUCUUCGAGCUAGGAAAAAUGGCCAAAGACCUCCAGCGCAUGCUCUACCUCACUGAAAGCCUGGGUCACAAGUGGCAGGAGCUUGAGGACAAAAAGAAAGAUGCUACCGAAGAACGAAAAGCAGAGUUGACUCAGGAGCAGGAAGCCAUGUCUAGAGACAACCACAGCUUGAACUUACAAGAUCCGGAAGACCUCAUCGAACGGUUUUGCGACAAACUAGACUUUGGCGAGAUGACCAUGCGUGUGAAAAAGGAUGCCGUGAACGUCACAAAGACCAUGAACAGAGACUGGAUGACCACAGGACGACGUCCAGCUGGUGUGGCUGGAGCUGCCGUUAUUAUUGCAGCACGAAUGAACAAUUUCCGUCGAACACUACGUGAGGUCGUGCUAGUGGCCAAGGUUACUGAGAUUACCUUGAGCAAAAGAAUAGAGGAAUUCAAAGAGACGAAGAGCAGUAAGAUGUCUGUGGAAGCUUUUCGUGCAAUUGAUCAGGACACAGCACAAGUCGAUCAGGAAACUAUGCCUCCUUCUUACUACCAGAAGUUGCCUGAGUGGCAAGAAAAGCAAGCUGCAAAGAAGAGGAAGCGAGGACGGAAUGGUGGACAGUUACCUGAGACUGCUGCGGAGAUCGAAACCGGAGAAGAGCCGCCGACAGACACAGACAACGAUUCAGGGGAUGGUGAAGAGGACGAGGAGGAAGACACUGAGCAGCCGCCAGCCAAACGACCGAGGGUCGAUGCUGAUGGCUUUGCUGUCCCUGAACUGCCUGUCAGACCAAGUAGGACGCCGCAACCGGAUCAACCCCAGAAGAGGAAAGUUGGUAAACCAAAGGGCGCAAAGAAUUGGCAGCCACCCGCCCCUACUGAAGCAGAAUUGCAAGAGGAGGAAGAUCUCACAGAAGACAUCAGAGAUCAGCUCCGACGAAACGCGUCUUUAGAUCCGACUGGUAGCAUCGCCCAAAGUGAGACUGCCAGGGAACUUCCAGCCCCUGCGCCUGGAGUGGUCAACAUAAUGUACCCUGCGCCAAAGUCAAAGGAGGGCGUUGGUCCACACGUACACAGCGAUGUCGGAAACACGAUGAAAGGUGUUCAAAUGAAUGCCGAAAUUGAGAAUGACGAAUUUGACGAUGACCCCGACGUCGCAAAUUGUGUGCUCAACGAGACGGAACGGACCAUCAAGGAGACUAUUUGGGUCACUGAAAACGCAGACUGGCUACGCUUGGAACAUUCGAAGAAGAUCAAGAAGGAGCUCAAGGAUAGAGAGCUGCGCGAGAAGGGUAUAGACCCUGAGAAAGAACGACUGAAAAAGCUCCGUCGGAAGGACGGAAUGAUGCGAGCAGGCCGCUCAGGAGACAUUGCUUACCUCGAAGAAGCACGAAACAAGAAACGUGCCCGAGGCGAGAAUGAUCCCAAUGUACAAGAUGAUGGGGAAGGCCAAGAAGAUGAGGAUGACCACGCGCGAAGACAACGCAUCAGCCAAGGCGCUCGUGGUUCAGUACAGGUAAUGCUUCAGCAGCGAGGCACAUUCUCCCGGAGAGUCGACUACGACAAGCUCAGUCAAGCAUACGUCCUGCCCGGCUUCGAGGAUUCCAGCGAAAGCCGAAGUGAGAGCCCAGACACCCGCCACGAAGCAGACCACUUCUUCCGACCAGCAACGAGCAAAGGCGCAGCAAACUCCAAUGUCAGACGUGCAAGAGUAACGCUUGCCGGCACCAUGCGCAAGUUGACCUCAAAUGAUACAGAGGGAGAAACAGACACCGAUGCACCUAGCCCUGGGGCACGAUCUCGAUCACGCUCUGCCCCGAACGACGAGUCAGCAGCAGCAGCAGCUGAAACCACACCUGAAGUGAGCGAACGACCAACUCAAGCUGAUACCACAGGACAACUUCUCACUCCUGGUCCUUCGCAGGCAGCACCUCUACGACAAGUAUCGCCAAUGCCACGACCGUCGCCCGUUCCCAGCAUCAUCGAUGAGAGCGAUUCACCACUAUCUUCCACGCAUACGCCUGCUGGCUAUGGCUCAGGUGCACAUAAUACGCCUCAGCCUAUGCAACAGCUACAGCAGCAAGUAAAACAUCCAGUACCAGAUGAGCCGGACGAUAACAAUGAUGACGAUGAUGACGAUGAUGAAGAGGAGGAAGAAGAAGAGAACGAGAAUGAGAAUGAAGAUCAGGAGGACCCAGGCGACGACCCAGAUGUCUACUUUGCUAGAGGUGAAGAGUUCAUGGGCGAAGCUGAGGAGGUGGUGGAGGAUCAUGAGUUAUGA